GGAAUUUCCAUUAACGUAAUACCCAAUUUCCCACACUUUCUCUUUCUUUCCCGGGAAAAAAAGAACAAACAACACAACAUGAGGGCAGAGAAGAAGCUGAUCCACGCCGUUACCAUGUGGGUGAGACGACAACCGUCCAAGGUGAAGGCUUUCUUGGCGAUGGUAUCGGGGCUGGCGGCGCUCAUGUUCCUCCGAUUCAUCGUACACGACCACGACAAUCUCUUCGUCGCCGCCGAGUCUGUCCACUCCCUCGGAAUUUCCGUCCUCAUCUUUAAACUCACAAAAGAGAAGACUUGUGCUGGACUAUCACUGAAAUCCCAAGAACUAACAGCUAUAUUUUUAGCUGUUAGGCUGUACUGUAGCUUUGUCAUGGAAUAUGAUAUACACACCGUUCUCGAUUUAGCCACAUUGGCUACGACCUUGUGGGUUAUUUACAUGAUCCGUUUCAAACUGAAGUCCAGCUACAUGGAAGACAAGGACAACUUUUCCAUUUACUAUGUUGUUAUCCCUUGUGCAGUACUAGCACUGGGUAUUCAUCCAUCAACUUCUCAUAAUCUUAUGAACCGGAUUUUCUGGGCGUUCUGUGUAUAUCUGGAAGCUGUUUCAGUUUUACCUCAGUUGCAAGUGAUGCAAAAUACUAAGAUUGUCGAGCCUUUCACUGCUCAUUAUGUAUUUGCACUGGGUGUUGCAAGGUUCCUCAGCUGUGCUCACUGGGUUCUCCAGGUUUUAGACAGUCGAGGACACUUGCUGGUGGCUCUAGGUUAUGGAUUGUGGCCUUCGAUGGUUCUUAUAUCCGAAAUCAUCCAAACUUUCAUUUUAGCAGAUUUCUGUUACUAUUAUAUCAAGAGUGUAUUUGGAGGGCAGCUUGUUCUCCGUCUUCCCUCCGGAGUGGUAUAAGUGAAUAUGACGUUUUCUGGUUGUCGAUGAGCUCGCUGACUGAAAGAAUUAUAGCUGGGUUACAAAAAACGUUACGAGUUGUCCUUGUUUUUCGCUCUCGACACGGUUCUUUCGUCUCGAAAUCAGGAUUGUAUAUUUGAGGAGGUUCAAACUUUUUUAUGGUUAACAUUUUGUGUCAAAUGCUUAAAUUAUUAGAAUAAGCUGAGACAGAUUCAGACCACCUAUGUUACUAAAGUAUUUUAC